AUGGCCAAACAGCAUUGGCUCAAGGAUGCGGAUGCAAACACCAGGUUUUACCACAGGUAUGCUUCUCAUCGAAAGAAAAAGAAUGCUAUUACUAAAGUUAUGAAUGAUAAUGGGGAUUGGAUUGAGGGGGAUGCCAUGAGACAUGUUAUCUUGAAUUAUUAUCGUGGUAUUUUUAGCUCGAGUUCUCUUACUGUUAAUGAUGAUUUCUUUGAGAGUAUACAACCACGGGUAACUGCUGCGCAGAAUGAGGGGCUAUUGCGCCCUUUUGAGGAGAGUGAGAUUAAAGCGGCAUUGUUUUCAAUGUAUCCUGAUAAAGCACCAGGUCCGGAUGGGAUGAACCCCGGGUUUUAUCAACAUUUUUGGGAUGUGGUGGGUUCUGAUGUUUCUUCUUUUAUUGUGAAUUGCCUAAAUAAUUGCUCACUACCGAAUAGAUUGAAUGAGACAAAUAUUAUUUUGAUCCCGAAGAAGAAAACCCCGGAAAUGGUUUCUGAUUAUAGGCCAAUUGCUCUGAGUAAUGUCGUUUACAGAGUUAUGGCGAAGAGUGCGUUUAUAUCUGAAAGACUUAUUACGGAUAAUAUCUUGAUAGCUGCGGAAGUUGGCCACUAUUUAAACAGGAAGCAAUGUGGACUAGCGGGCUGGGGGGCUUUGAAGCUGGAUAUGGCAAAGGCCUACGACCAUAUGGAAUGGUCUUUUUUGCAAAGGAUGUUAAGGGCUCUAGGAUUUGAUGACAGAUGGGUGGAGUUGUUGAUGAUGUGUGUAACCACUGUGUCGUAUAGUGUACUGGCACAGGAAGCGGGAGUGGUCAAACGUUGUUUGGCAGAUUAUGAAAAGAUGUCUGGACAGGCGGUAAACUAUCACAAGUCGAAUAUAUGUUUUAGUAAGAAUACACGAGAUGAAAUACGAGAGGAGAUUGCCAGUAUAUUGGGAGUAGUGCAGGCUCAGAAUUUUGGGAAGUAUUUGGGGCUUCCAUCAUUUGUGGGCAGAAAUAGAAGAGAGGCAUUUUCUUAUAUUAAGGAUAAGAUAAGACAGAGGAUUGGCUCGUGGAAUAAGAAGCUUUUAUCGCAGGCAGGAAAGGAAAGAACCAUGAAUCGAUACUGGUGGAGAUCGAGGAAUGACCAGGGUAUUCAUUGGAAAACAUGGGAUAAGCUGUGUAUCCCGAAGAAAUAUGGAGGAUUGGGUUUUAAGGAGUUGAGGGCCUUUAUUCUUGCAAUGCUGGGCAAGCAAGCAUGGCGUUUUCUGACACAACCACAGCCAUUGGUUUCAACAGUAUAUAAAGCCAGGUAUUAUCCUAUUAACUCUUUCUAUGAUGCAUGCUUGGGAAAUAACCCAAGUUUUUGUUGGCGGAGUAUUUUGGCGGCACAAGAUUUGAUUUGUGGGGGAGUUAGGUGCAGGAUUGGGAAUGGCGAAUCAACUUUGAUUUGGGACCACCCGUGGUUGCAUGAUGAGAAUCAACCGAGAAUUUUAACAGAAAGGCCACCCCAAUUGGCACAAGCAAAAGUGGUGGGUCUGAUGGAUCAACAGACUAGAACUUGGGAUCAGGAUAUUCUUACAGAUAUUUUCAUACAUGAGGAUGUGGAGCGAAUUCUAAAAAUACCUGUGUCACCAGAUUAUGAAGAUAUGUGGUACUGGUAUGGAGAUCCAAAUGGAGAAUAUUCUGUUAAGGAUGGGUAUAGAGCAGUGAUGAUGAUGAGAUUAUUUAUGCAGUGGCACUUUUAUAUUACAUAUGACGCGCAAGGAAUGGAGCUGUAUGGGAAGCAAAUUUGCCCAGACCCCGGAAAGUAG